UUACCUACGAAAUUCUGAGUUUCUAAAACGAACGCACUGCACUUGACGUUUAAAUAUCAACGCCGUUUUUUAAAAAAAAAAUUAUUACUCCAAACAAAUACUUAAACUUCUCUCAUCUGCAAUUACUCAAUUAAAUAACUGACAAAAAUCAGAAAGAUGGGGAAAAAGAAAAACAUGCAAUUAGUCGUUCCAAGUCCUAUGAAAAUAGAAGUAAAAGAUGAAAUUGGUGACAAUGAUGUUAACGUUGCUAGAGACAGAUUAAAGGGUGCUCUUCGAGAAAUAUUACAUCAUAGCGAUUCAGCUUCCUCUGGUGACUCGAGCGAAGAAACUUCCUCUCAAGAUUACAAGCCUAGUUAUCGACGAAUGGAUUCGGCCUUCCGGGCAAAAAUGAGUCUGCAUAAUCGAAAAAUGAAGAGACGUCGUCAGAUGCAAAUGGAUCCUGCAUUUCAUCACACUUACGUUAUGAAGCUAUUCGAUCGAAGUGUCGAUCUCGCACAAUUUCGUGAGGAUACACCACUUUAUCCAAUUUGUCGAGCUUGGAUGGCGAAUCAACCACGAAAUCCACAUUUGGUUCCCAAAGUUCGGUCGCCGAGUCCGGAAAUUGUGAAUGAAAUUAAUCCAGACGAUUCAAUGUACGAUUCAAAUGGAGAAUUAAUGGAAGUCUUCACUUUACCGGAACCUUUAUUGAGCGAGGAAGCAUUUCCUAAGAACAGAAUUCCUUCUCCAGUUCCAAUCGAGAAAGAGGAACUCAACCUUGACUAUGACGGACAAACGCUAAAAUCAAAAGAAGCACUCAUGAAAGAACAUAAGGAACAUUGGAGUGCGUUGAGAAAAAAAUGGCACCAACAGGCACACAAAAAUGAGCAACGUUUUGAUAAAAGCGCUAACAUACUCAGCACCAUUUUCAAAAAGGCUCAAUCGGAAUACGAAUAAGACUCUCGCUCUGCAGUCAGUUUUAUUUCGUAUUUAUCGAAGAAAGUUUUAUACAAAUAUAGCACAUCAUCAGUAGGAAAUUCACCCGAGGACGCCCUUCGAUGUACCGCCUAAUAGUAGUAGGAACACUAAUCGCAUAUAUAUUUAUAUAUAUAUAUAUAUAAACUUUUAUAAAAUAUGAGGCUCACUGGAGAGAAAAGAGGCGAAUAAAAUAUGACCAUACCUUAUUUUAAGGCAAGAAUACAA